AUGUCACUCGCACACGAACAGGGGAGCAUGGGUGGUAUGAGCUAUUCUGGAAGUUUACCUCCCUAUGGUGUACACAAGUGGGAGGAAGCCGACACCUCAAUAUCACUCUACACGCUUUGCGAUAUCAUUCGAUCAAUGUGA